AUGGGUCCAUUGUUUAAGAAAUUUGUUGAACCAGGCAGAUUGUGCCUGAUCACAUACGGCCCGGAUGCGGGGAAGCUCUGCUUCAUAGUCGAUAUAAUAACUCACACAAGGAUUAUGAUAGAUGGAGGGACGGUUACUGGUGUUGAAAGACAGCCCAUUCCACUCAAGUGGCUCAAGUUGACUGACAAGAAGAUAAAGCUACCAAGGGGUUCCAGAACGAAGACACUUAAGAAGGCACUAGAGACUAGUGAUGUUAUUGAUCAGUUUAAAGAGUCGAAGAUGGGUAAAAAGUUGGCAUUUGCUGAUGCCAAACAUAAUCUCAACGACUUUGAAAGAUUCCAACUUAUGGUUGCCCAUAAACAUAGGAAGAAUCUAAUGAAAGGCGGUACAUAA